AUGCGCGUGCCGGCGUACUCGGCGGGGAGGAGCGUGGGGAGUGCGGUGAGGAGGAGGUGGGAGAGUUCGGAGAGGGAGCAGUACCUCAAACGCUCGGAAGUCGAAGCACGACGGCAAGCCGAAUAUGAAGCCGAGCAGGAGGCCGAGGAACGGAAACGACAGGAGCGGCUAGACAGGAAGCGGAAAGCGGAGGAUGAAGAGGCCGCUCGAGAGGCUGAUCGCAGAGAAAAGCGCAGGCGCAUGGCCGAAGAGAGCAAACGGCGACGAGAAGAGGAGGAGGAAGAGGAAGAGCGUCGCCGGCGCAAGCGGUUAGGUCUCCCAGAUCUUCCGCCUAAGAAACGAGAAGGCGAAGACGACGGCACCCCUGUGCCAGAGGACGAAGAUAUGGAUGAGCAGGAGCUUGUCGACAAACUACGAGCACUCAGCGAGCCCGUCCAGCUAUUCGGCGAAACACAUAAAUUGAAACUCAAACGCUACAAGAAACGGAUCGGUGCCGAUAAACUCGCGGCUAUAAUGACCGACGGGCCUAUUCCAACAACGUUGCAGCUUGUGCCCGAGAAAGACAUGAAGGUUUCGCGCAAGAUUCCAGACGACAAGGAAGGACGAGAAUUCCUUUUCCGCCAAUUGGCUAGCUAUUUUACGAUGGUCCUGAAGGAAUGGGACAACACAAUGGCGCGCCGUUCCGAAGAUAUCAAAACCAGUUAUCAAGGAAAACAGGCAUACGGCGCCAUGGUUCAAGCACGCGAGAACAUGCGACCGCUGUUCAAGAAGUUGGAGACGUUUGACGUGGAGGAUGGAAUUCUCGAGCCAGUCGUUCAGAUUGUGCUAGCAGCACAGGAGAGACGGUAUGUCGAUGCAAACGACGGAUAUCUCAAACUCAGUAUUGGUAAUGCGGCUUGGCCCAUCGGAGUUACCAUGGUUGGCAUCCACGAGCGUUCAGCACGCGAGAAGCUACACGAGAGUGACAAGAAUGCGGCGCAUAUUAUGAGCGAUGAAAUUACUAGGAAGUACUUACAAAGUAUCAAGAGGUGUCUAAGUUUUGCGCAGACACGAUGGCCUCCCACUGAUCAAUUGCAGCUAAUGGGCUGA